AGACGAAGUAAUGGCGACGCUACUGGGGCCCGAGUCCCCUUGUAUCGGUGGAAAGAAGCGGACUCGAAACAGGAAUAUCAUCACCAGAAUACGGCAAAGUCAGAUCGGUGGCCGAGGCUUCAGCAGAGGGACGCAGCUCCCCGAAGUUCUUCUUCAGGAGAGGGAUAAAAGGGCGAAAUGGCACGGGAUUCCUGUUUUACUCCAGGAGCUGUACGAGAGCAGCCACCUGAACACUGACUUCACCCGAACACACACUGUCCUGAAGGAGCUGUCAUCUCUACUGUCUAUGGAGGCCAUGUCUUUUGUGACGGAGGACAGAAAGCCUGCGCAGGAGUCUACCUUUCCCAAUACUUACACUUUUGAUCUGUUUGGAGGUGUAGAUUUACUGGUUGAACUUCUGAUGAGACCUACCCUGACUACACUACAGAAGCCCAAAAUGAAUGAUGACUUGGUAAAGGACUGCCUAAGCGUGUUGUAUAACUGCUGCAUAUGUACUGAAGGAGUCACAAAAAGCCUGGCGUCAAGAGAUGAUUUUGUAUUAUUUCUGUUCACCUUGAUGACAAACAAGAAGACAUUUUUGCAAACAGCUACAUUAAUUGAGGAUAUUCUUGGAGUUAAGAAGGAAAUGAUACAGCUUGAGUGGAUCCCGAAUCUGUCAGGACUGGUUCAGAGCUUUGACCAGCAGCAGCUUGCCAACUUCUGUCGGAUUCUCUCAGUCACCAUAUCUGAGCCUGACGUGGGGAAUGAUGACAAACACACACUUCUGGCUAAAAAUGCACAGCAGAAACGCAACACCAGCCCCUCGCGUGCAGAGGUCAACCAGGUCACUCUGCUGAACAUCCCUGGCUUCAUUGAGCGUCUCUGUAAGUUGGCAACACGGAAGGUGUCUGAGGCAACCGGAACGUCAAAUUUUCUGCAGGAACUGGAGGAGUGGUACACCUGGCUCGACAACACGCUAGUACUGGAUGCUCUCAUGCAGAUAGCAACUGAUGAAGCCGAGCACAGCAGCACAGAAUCGUCUGAUGAGAGUACAUUGGCCACCAUCCCGCUGAGACAUCGCUUACCACAGUCCAUGAAGAUAGUCCAUGAGAUCAUGUACAAGGUGGAAGUGCUUUACGUGCUUUGUGUCCUGCUCAUGGGUCGACAGCGGAACCAGGUGCAUAAAAUGUUGGCGGAGUUUCGUUUGAUUCCUGGACUCAACAACCUUUUCGACAAGCUCAUCUGGAGGAAAUACACCGCCUCUAAUCAUGUGGUUCACGGACAGAAUGAAAACUGUGAUUGUAGCCCGGAAAUCUCAUUUAAAAUCCAGUUCUUGAGGCUUCUGCAGAGCUUCAGUGACCACCACGAAAAUAAGUACCUACUUCUCAACGCUCAGGAGCUGAAUGAGUUGAGUGCCAUUUCCCUAAAGGCAAACAUCCCUGAGGUGGAGGCAUUAGUAAACACAGACAGGAGUUUAGUGUGUGAUGGUAAAAAAGGGCUCCUCACGCGGCUCCUGACAGUUAUGAAAAAAGAACCCCCAGACUCUUCCUUCAGAUUCUGGCAGGCCAGAGCUGUUGAGAGCUUUCUGAGAGGAGCCACAUCAUAUGCAGACCAGAUGUUUUUGCUGAAGAGAGGCUUGCUGGAGCACAUCCUCUUCUGCAUCAUUGACAGCGGCUGCAAGUCCAGAGAUGUCCUGCAGAGCUACUUUGACCUGCUCGGGGAGCUUAUGAAGUUCAAUAUUGAUGCCUUCAAGAGAUUCAACAAAUAUGUGAACACAGACGAAAAGUUCCAGGUGUUCCUCACACAGAUCAACAGCUCUCUGGUUGACUCCAACAUGCUGGUCCGCUGUAUUGUGCUCUCGCUGGAUCGCUUCGAGAGCCAGACGGAGGAUGUGAAAGUGGUUGAAGUGCUCUCCGAGUGCUGUCUCCUGUCCUACAUGGCUCGAGUGGAGAACAGGCUGUCCUUUCUUUUUAGGCUGGUCAACAUCAUCAACGUGCAGACCCUCACACAGGAGAACGUGAGUUGUCUUAACACCAGCCUGGUGAUUCUGAUGUUGGCCCGGAGGAGAGGCAAGCUCCCGUUUUACCUGAACGCCCUGCGGGAGAAGGAAUAUGCAGAGAAAUAUCCUGGAUGCCUGCUCAACAACUUCCACAACCUGCUGCGCUUUUGGCAGCACCACUACCUCAACAAAGACAAGGACAGCACCUGCCUAGAGAAUAGUUCCUGUAUUCCCUUCAGUUUCUGGAAGGAGACAGUAUCAGUUCUGCUCGGAGAGGACAGGACUUCUCCCUGUGCCAUUAUCAGCUACAUAGACGAGCCUUACAUGGAGCUGGACCGGGACCUUCUGGAGGAUUGACUCUUGCGGGUGGGCUCAGGGAGGGGCUCACAUGUUCCGCUCCGAUUCGGUCCAGAGAGCAUAUAGUACAGCCUCCCGGCUCAUCCCACUGCAUGCUGCGGCUCAGUGAGCUGCCCUUUCUCUACUGGUGCCCAUGUUCCACUGCUUCAUCUCCAGGUCACCGGGUGCAAGCAGAGUCCUGCGAAGGAUCGCCCACCCAGUCAUUCAUUCAACAGGAACGCAGUAUCUGAACAGCUCAAGCCGAACCUUUGACCUGAAACUGUCUCGUCGUGUGUUUCGGAGGUGAAAUCUUGUGGGGCCUUUUAUACAGAAACGUACAAAGAAAAUAAUAUUGCAUCCCUGAAUGAUGACGAUCUGACGAUCGAUGAACUGCACAGCCAGCCUUCUAAGAGAUUUUCUCUCAUUUUUGGAUGAGGAAGUGUGGGAUUGAGGAAUGGUGAAUUUGCCAAGCAGUCAGAAGGUUAACUGAUGUUGAAGAGGCGAAUGGCUCUCAUGCUGGAGCGAUGUCAAAAUCUUUGUACAGUGUAGAUGACAGGAAACAGAAUUUGGUCGAGUCUAAUUUAUUUUCUCACAUUUCUCUUGUGAUUUUGCUCUCAUAUGAUGAGCUUUGGUUUUCGUAUUCUCUCCUUCCUUUCGUUAGGUUUUAUCAAGCACAUAUAUCAGAUAUGAGAUUUUCAGUUCUUAUAUUUUUAAUUUUGUAUAAAUUAGUUUUUAACAAUAGGUAAUCAUCCCUUUUCUUUUAUUUUGUCACGAUGAAACACUUCAUAUCCUGUGGCCACUGAAGGUGUUAAACUAUGCAGGUUCACUCACACCAUGGUCGGAAAUAUCCAGCUAGCCUUGCUAACCUCCAUGCUGCCAUCUGUCAUUUGUUCUGUAGCAAACCACUAAAUCACCAUCUUCAAAACUUUACAGGCAUAAGCCGUUGACAGUCUGUUGCUCUGGAAGACGGCGACUGGGAAGGUGCUGCUCCGCUGCGGUGGCUUUGUGCUGGAUGUGGUAGCUGAGCUAGACUAGAAGCGCUAAACUAGAAACUUCCAAUCAACUACCUCGUUUCACUGGUGUUGUUUUCUAACCCACUCCUAUAGUUUAAGCAUGCUGCAGCUGAUUUCACUGUGUAUGCAAACGUUCCUGUGUGUAAAUGGCUAAAUGUGUUUGACAUUGAGAAUUGCUUCGCUUUUACCUGUGGGUGUUUGCAGCUUCUCUUGUUUUGUUUUUCUUUAAAGCAGUUCCUUAUACUGUCACGGUGCUUUGCUUUUGCCGAAACACAAUUUCAUACAAUUCAUAAGAAGAGGAGGGAGUUUUUUGGUCACUUUCUUUGACCCCAGGAAUGUGUAUGGUUGUUGUAUUAGUUGUAGUGUGAAUGUGCUUUUUUCUGCUCUGAAUGAUUGCAACAUCAACACAAAGGAUCUGAAUGUCUCUUCUUUAUCCACAGGCCUUGGUUCACGUCUCGCAUGGGUUGGGUUUUGUUUUAAAUACCGAUGUUUUCUUACUCUGAAUGAAUUCAGUCAUACGUGGUAACCAUGUCAAGCCCAGUAAACUUAAUGCUUUAAAUAAACCUGAAUUCAAUAUAUUGCCUCCGACA